UUCAUCGAGACAUAUUUUAAGUUCCAUCGAAGGAAACCUUAAGCUAAGUACAAAAUACUCUACGGAUUUCAUCAAGGAACAUAAUAUAGACUUUAAGUUAGAAGAAGUAUCAGAAAUUGUAAAAUUAUUGUUUAAAGACUAGUCGAAUUUGAACCUCGUCUGCUACCACGGCAUAGAAAAGGAUACUGAACUAUCGAAUACCAAGUAUCAACGAAGGCAGAAGUAGGAAAUCGUGAGCAAACCGGAAAGGAAGGACUUUGUAUUUGCGAGUGUAUUGUCAAUGUAACAAACGAUUUGAACAAGAGGUUGAAGUGCAUCGGUAAAUACGUCGACGUCGACGACCGGUAGAACGACACCUGCUUCGUUCGAAACGAGAGACGAGGACACGGUGACGGCGGGGGCGGCCAUACUCAAACAACCGCCGAGCGAAGUGCGCGGCACAGCGCAGAAAUGAGACGAUAAUAAACCGCAUUCUAUCGUUCGUAAACUCGAGGAGACGGUAACGGGUGUAAGUUCCUCCAUUAGAACGUACAGGAAAGAAUUACGGAAGGAAGUGAAAACGGAAGUGUGGGAAGUGCAAAGAAAAAGAGGAAAGCGGCCCGACGAAUCGAGGCGCAGGGAACGGUAUGAGCGCAAAGACGGACGUGAACAGGCGAGUCCUAGCAAUUCAGGCCAAAAAAAAAAGACACAAGCCGAGUAAGCGAAAAGGAAAGGGAAAUUCUCAGGAUGAAUCAGAGACAUCGGGAGCUCAGUGUUCGAAGACACCGGCUACUCAACAAGGACAAGGAUCGGGUUCCUAUCAGGAUUCCUCUGCACAGAGACCAUAUUCCAGCGACAAUGGAAACAGACUGGAACCAUGUCAUAGCUCAAGUAAUGAAACAAUGGAGGAUGGUGAUGAAGUAUACAGUAGCGAGGCUGAAGAACAAGAGGACAGCAGUGACUAUUGUAAAGGAGGAUAUCAUCCUGUCAAAAUAGGAGAUUUAUUCUUAAACCGUUAUCAUGUAACUCGUAAACUUGGUUGGGGUCAUUUCUCAACAGUCUGGCUCUGCUGGGACUUACAGGAUAAACGAUUUGUGGCACUUAAAGUGGUCAAAUCUGCAUCGCAUUUUACUGAAACCGCAUUGGAUGAAAUUAAAUUAUUAAAAGAUGUGCGUGAUACAGAUCCUAGUGAUCCUAAACGCAAUAAAACCGUCCAGUUACUCAAUGACUUCAAGAUCAGUGGCAUUAAUGGUUUGCAUGUUUGCAUGGUAUUUGAAGUGCUUGGAGAUAACCUUCUUAAAUUGAUUAUCAAAUCCAACUAUAGAGGAAUUCCAAGAAAUAAUGUUAAACGUAUCAUCAGACAAGUUCUUGAAGGUCUUGAUUAUCUUCACAAUAAAUGUAAAAUAAUUCAUACAGACAUAAAACCUGAAAAUGUACUUGUUUGUGUUGAUGAAGCUUAUAUAAGAAAAUUGGCUUGUGAAGCUACAGAGUUACAUUCUCUUGGAAUGAAAUUACCGGUAUCUUUAAUUUCAACGGCCCCAAAGGAAUUUCAAGAACCAACUCCUAAUUCUAAAAUGUCAAAAAAUAAAAAAAAGAAACUUAAGAAGAAAGCUAAACGUCAAAAUGAACUAUUAAAGAAACAAAUGGAGCAAAUUGAAGAGCUUGAAGAGCAAGAUAAACUUGCAAAUAGUACGAGAGCAAAUGGAGAAUUAGAAACAAAUAGUCCAGAUCAAGAUAUAAAUACAGAAAGUAUAGAAGAUAAUACAGAAAGCAAAGAUUCACCUGACAUUUCAGAACCAUCUGCACCUUCACUGCACAUAAAUGGUGUAGAUAGUUUAGCAGGUGGGGAAAAAGUAGAAAAUCAAUUACCUCAACAAUCUGAAAAGAUGGAAAAUACGAACAUAUGUGAUGUAGAAAAGACUUGUGAAGGAUUACUAUCAUCUGAUCAUGAAUAUACAGAUGAAUGUAGUGAAGGUCGUAAUUUAGAACCACCUGAAAGUAAACAAUUGAAACGAGCAUCCGUAGCUCCCUUAGAUCCUGCGCUAGUAGAAUGUGAUGUUGAAGUAAAGAUAGCAGACCUUGGUAAUGCAUGUUGGGUCCACAAAAAAUUCACAGAUGAUAUUCAAACUCGUCAAUACAGAUCAUUAGAAGUGUUACUAGGAUCUGGGUAUGAUACAUCUGCAGAUAUAUGGUCCACUGCCUGUAUGGCAUUUGAAUUAGCGACUGGUGACUAUCUCUUUGAACCACAUAGCGGAAAUUACUAUUGCAGAGAUGAAGAUCAUUUAGCUCACAUUAUUGAAUUGCUUGGAGAAAUACCAAAGCACAUUGCUCUGUCUGGCAAAAACUCAAAAAUGUACUUCAAUAAGAAAGGCGAGUUGAAACGGAUUACUGGAUUAAAACCUUGGGGACUGUACGAGGUGCUUACGGAAAAAUACGAUUGGUCACCAAGAGAAGCGCGCGAGUUUGAAGAGUUCCUAACUCCGAUGCUCGAGUUUGACCCGAGUAUGCGAGCUACAGCAGCAGAGUGCCUGAAGCAUCCAUGGCUGCAAAUCAAAAAGUGAUCAU